AUGCACGUGCUGCACGAAUUAAACUGGACGAAAUUAGUAUACGAACCUCUGCACAAGUUUGAGACUCAGAUCAUAUCAACGAAAAACAUACAAGGAUACGACAGCAAGAACACGGAACAGUGGUCAUUAACAGGCGCCCUGUUAUACUCGGUCACGGUUAUCACGACAAUCGGCUACGGUAAUUUGGCACCAAAAACACCAGAAGGCAAAAUCGUAACUAUGGUGUACGCAUUAUUCGGCGUGCCGCUAAUGUUGCUGUGCAUAUCCAAUCUGGGGUCCCUGUUGGCCGGCACUUUCCAGUUCGCGUACUCCCACUCGUGCUGUUUCUCCAAGAGGAAAUCGGAAAAUCGGAGGGAAAAGUCGUCGAAAAAAUCAUCUUCGGCUGUAAACGCGGGGUCAGUGCAACACACUCCACCACCGCCACAACAGUACAACGCGAGCCACCACCAAAGGGCAGAAUUGUCACCGAGAUCACGAAGACAGCAAAUAGGUGGCAGCGGAGGAAAACCGGUGUACCGUUUGACGUCCGAGGCCAAACACGUCUUGUGCGAAUGCGCAGAGUAUCAACUGGCCAACUCACCGACACACGACCACGUGGCUGCGCACAUCCUCAGACAACUGGGCGAUCGUCCGGACUUGCCAACGACGGCUGCGAAACACGACGAAUACGCGUACGACGACGGUAUCGGCGAUGGGGAAAACAACGAGGACUGUUACCAGUGGUAA